GACGCAGCGGAAGUGGGGUCGCGGCACCGGACACGGGGCGGGGCCUGCCCCGAGCUUCCGGAAACGAAAACCGAGCCGGCUUCUCGCGAUGGAGACGGUAACUUCAGGUAGCUCCUCAGCUCAGGAAAAUGAGCAUCCAGAAGUUGUUCCAUGGAGCAAAGCUACUAACUAUCCCACCCCAUGCAGAGACCCCAGACUCCAACAAUAGUGUGUAUACUUCCUUCAUGAAGUCCCAUCGCUGCUAUGACCUGAUUCCUACCAGCUCCAAAUUGGUUGUAUUUGAUACUUCCCUACAGGUGAAGAAAGCUUUCUUUGCUUUGGUAACGAAUGGUGUACGUGCUGCCCCUUUGUGGGAUAGUAAGAAGCAAAGUUUUGUGGGCAUGCUGACCAUCACCGAUUUCAUCAAUAUUCUACACCGUUACUAUAAGUCAGCCUUGGUACAGAUCUACGAGCUAGAAGAACACAAAAUAGAAACUUGGAGAGAGGUGUACCUACAGGACUCCUUUAAGCCACUUGUCUGCAUUUCUCCUAAUGCCAGCUUGUUUGAUGCUGUCUCUUCGUUAAUUCGAAACAAGAUCCACAGGCUGCCAGUUAUUGACCCAGAAUCGGGGAACACCUUGUACAUCCUUACUCACAAGCGUAUCCUCAAGUUCCUCAAAUUGUUUAUUACCGAGUUCCCCAAGCCAGAGUUCAUGGCUAAAUCUCUGGAAGAGCUACAGAUUGGCACCUAUGCCAAUAUUGCUAUGGUCCGCACUACCACCCCUGUCUAUGUGGCUCUGGGCAUCUUUGUACAGCACCGAGUCUCAGCGCUGCCAGUGGUGGAUGAUAAAGGGCGCGUGGUGGACAUCUACUCCAAGUUUGAUGUUAUCAAUUUGGCAGCAGAAAAGACCUACAACAACCUAGACGUAUCUGUGACCAAAGCCCUGCAGCAUCGAUCACACUACUUUGAGGGUGUUCUCAAGUGCUACCUUCACGAGACUCUGGAGACCAUAAUUAACAGGCUGGUGGAGGCAGAGGUUCACCGGCUUGUAGUGGUGGAUGAGAAAGAUGUGGUCAAGGGGAUUGUGUCACUGUCCGACAUCCUGCAGGCCCUGGUGCUCACGGGGGGAGAGAAGAAGCCCUGAGCAGGGCGCUGGGGCGAGGUGGAGUGCAGACAGGCCCCACUGUCCACCUGCUGGAAGCUCUGGGAAGCCGAGGAAACCUUGGGAGCAUUCAGCCGACACUUGCCCCGCACAGGACCCCCUACCCUCUCUCCAGAAGAUGGGAGACAGGAGGGAAAAGAGGAGGAGUGGCUGCCCCACCCUCACACACAUACUUAAGAACCUUCAGCCUUGCCAGUCCUAGCCCCGUCCUCUGAGGCAUGGCCCCUUUUUGGGUGAAACAGGGCGCUGUGCUCCGCAGGCAAAUUCUGAUCUCCAAGAGAUCCCUAGACCUCACCCUGCCUCUGCUUGUGUCUCUGCCCUGAGACAACAGCACAGCAAAUGGGUCAUAAAGACAUUUUUAGUGUUCCUGUCAUGCAGUUGGAGGAGGCUGAGUCCACUUAGUGACAUUUCUUGCCCUCAUUGGAGUGGGGAGGACGGCCUCGGGGUUCCUGAGCUGUGUGCAUAUGAGGGGGAUGGUUAGGUGGGGGAGGAGCGCAGAGUGGUGAGCCAAGCUAUUUUCAUGGCAAAUCUAAUUAAAUGACAGCAGUUUCCUUGUGGUAUUA